GAAUUCCAGUCACGUGACGAAGUGUCACAUGCUCCUCUGCACUCUAUGGGCUGCCAAAACACAGACGGGCUCAGUCAUAUCCUGGAGGCUGAUAACCACUGAAGAUAACUGAAUGGCUCCACCAUCAAACUGACACGGGUGAUAACUUUGAGAAACAUCAGCUGCCUCCUGACUGGGACUUAAGAGACUGGACAUUUCUGAUCAGCAUAGAUCAGACUGGGAUCCAGAGAGGUGGAGACUAAUUUUCUGGGGAGCGUGCGGCUUGGCAGGCCGAGCUACAGCCUGUUGACUAAUGGCAAUUAACACUGAUGUCGAGGACUGGGGCGCAGUUGGGAGUAAUGACUCCGGGGAAAGGGCGUGGCUCUUGCAGAGCCCCAGCGUGGAUUCUGUCCGGCAUCUUGAGACAGACACAGAUAGGAGCGGGGGGGUGUCGUCUUGGGCAGCGGUCUUCAUUGUAGUGAACGCAGCACUGGGAGCUGGUCUGCUCAAUUUCCCUGCAGCCUUCAGUAUGGCAGGAGGAGUGACUGCAGGAGUUAUGCUUCAAAUGUUUAUGCUGAUCUUCAUAAUCAGUGGACUGGUGAUCCUGGGCUACUGCUCCCAGGUCAGUAAUGAAAGCACCUAUCAGGAGGUUGUGCGGGCCACCUGUGGGAAAGUGACAGGAGUCCUAUGUGAAGUGGCCAUUGCUGUGUACACCUUUGGCACUUGUAUUGCGUUCUUUAUUGUCAUUGGAGACCAGCUGGAUCGCUUGAUGGAUGCAGUGAAUGUUGACACAGCUGAUCCAGUCAGUGGCAAUUGGUACACUGACCGCAAGUUUACCAUCUGUGUUACUGCAUUCCUGAUUAUUCUUCCUCUCUCCAUCCCCAAAGAGAUUGGCUUUCAGAAGUAUGCGAGCGCACUGAGUGUGAUGGGAACCUGGUAUGUGACCAUCGUGGUCAUCAUAAAGUACAUCUGGCCAAGUAAAAAUAUGACUCCGGGCCACAUUCCUGAUGGUUCUGCUUCCUGGACUGCAGUUUUCAAUGCAAUGCCCACCAUUUGCUUUGGUUUCCAGUGCCACGUCAGCUGUGUGCCGGUGUUCAACAGCAUGCGCAGAAAAGAGAUUAAACCUUGGGGAAUUGUGGUCACUUUUAGCAUGAUCAUCUGCCUCUUCGUCUACACAGGGACAGGUGUCUGUGGCUUCCUGACAUUUGGCUCCAAUGUCAGUCAGGAUGUGUUGAUGUCGUACCCUCCGGAUGAUAUUGCUGUGGCCAUCGCGAGAGCUUUUAUUGUCAUCUGUGUCAUCACCUCCUACCCCAUCUUACACUUCUGUGGCAGGGCAGUCAUAGAAGGACUUUGGCUGCGUUUUCAAGGCGAGCAAGUGGAGGUGUGUGUGCGCCGUGAGCAGAGGAGGAGAAUCCUGCAGACACUGGUGUGGUUUACUGUCACCCUUGUCCUCGCCCUCUUCAUCCCAGAUAUUGGUCGGGUGAUCUCGCUGAUCGGAGGACUGGCAGCCUGCUUUAUCUUUGUCUUCCCAGGUUUGUGUUUGAUGCAAGCCAAGCUGUCAGAGACAGAUAGCCGAACUGCAAGCUGGCAUGGAUUGGUGAUCUUCGGUGUUGUCAUGGUUACGAUUGGAGCUUUCAUCUUUGGUCUCACCACGUCCAACUCCAUCUAUAAAGACAUUGUCAGCUAAAAGGAACAGAUUUAUCAGUGGUGUUUAAGACAGGGGGGGGGGGGGCGUAGUCCUGUGCUGCUAUACUGAACUAUGAUGGAAUGAUGGAGAAGCAUCUCAUGACACUCAUUUUACAAAAUCAACUCCGGCAUGUCACACCCCUGCCCCAUACUGAGUUAAAGCUCCACAGCUCUGUACUCAGUCAGGUAGUAGUCAGAGCCACCCCGCAAUGCCAAAUGACUUCAGACACUUUGCCUUUUAUUUAAUGUACAGUUUAAUUUGCACGUUUUUACGAUGGUUUUAACUUGCAGUGAAAACCGUUUGACGGUUCAGGGGCACCGAGGGGCCUCCCCCGUCUCUGGACCCGGUAUGGGUGACACAUUCCUGUCCUGUUUACAAGAGCCAAAGGACUUUGUAUAAAAAGGUCUACGAUCAAAUUGAUUUUAAUAAUGAAAUUGUACCAAUUUGUGUAUUUUAACUUGCAUGUCAAAGUAAAUGAUUCUUAUUGAAAAAGACAUACAGUGGUUUCCAGGUCUCAUCCAGGUCCAGACUAUGUUGCCACUGCUGAUAGUUUGACCACAAAUUAAUAAUUCAGUCUCAAAUGGAAUAUUCAAGUGAGUGAUACAAUUGCACGCAAAAUCAUUAAUGAGUGUUGGACAGUUCAAAUCUUACUGAUUUGUUAACUUUCAGUCAGUACCUCCUAAACUAGCUGGACAAAGUGAGCUGUUCAACUGUUUGGGCAAUCAACGCUAGCUGUAUUUAUGGUUGCAAUGAUAUCAGUAUUUUAAUGGUACAAUAACUGUCUCAGAAAAUAUCAAUCUCAUGGAAUCACUGUAUAUGGUAUUAUCAUUAUAAUCAGUUAUGACCCCUUAAAGGAAUAAAAUCACAGGGGGUUGUUUUGGUUGAAAAACACUUAUAACACUUUAUUAUAGUUAAAAUUCAAACCUUUUUUAAUGGAAGUCUGAAAAAUGUCUGACAGGCAGUUGAGGAGGAAAGGAGAUGUUCACCACAGUUUAGAUACUCUGUGUGACAGCCAUCAGUUUUCAUAUCAUGGUAUACGGUAAACCAGUUAACCGCUGCAACCCUAAUCGGACUUAUGAGGGGUUUUUUUAAUAUAUUUUCUAAAGUUAACAGUAUGAUGAUAAUUUUUAAUUGGCUUUGGGGUGAAAUUAUAUUUUUUGUGCUGUUGCUGUACAAAGUUACAUUCAUUUAAGUCUGAAGGCCGUUAAAAAGGUUAGUCAGUUAAAUGUGCAGAACAGUUAAUGGGUUAAAAGGCAGCAUUGUGCCUCCCCAAACACUGCACAGACCUGCAGAGUGUCCAAGCAGAGCAGCACCUCCACAGUGAGGAUAUGAAAACUCAAACUCCUCCAAGAGUGCUGGUUCCUCACAGAGUGUGUUUCAAAAUGAUACUGUCUUUAUGAAUGUAUGAAAAGAACGGACAUAACAAACUACACAGAAUUCAGUUUGCACAUAAUUUCCUGAAAACAGCUGGACUUGUUAAUGAGGCUACAGACAGCUUCACUGUCAGUGAGGACAAGCCAACCAGUCAAACUGUGUGAAGUUUUAUUUACUUGAAUCACAACACUGCAGACUUUGUUUUGUAUGAGAGGUUAGACAUAAUUUCUCUUUUACAACCUAAAACUAAAGUGUGAGCUUUUGUUUUAUAUGCCCCAAUGUUCAAGACCUGCUCUAUUCAACACUAAUUUAAGAUGUUUAUAAUACAUGACAGUUAAGUUGCAUUAAAGGUAUACUAUGCAGGAUUGUCUGUCACUGCUUGUGAACAUGCUCGCCUGUGAAAGUGAAAGUGAAAGUAAAAGCCAACCCCAGAUUCACGCUCGUUUGGCAUUCAUCUCCCUAUGUUUUGCUUUUUGCCUGCUGCUUCCAGUCUGGCACCUGGUUGCUACCAUUUUAUAAAGUCCCAACCUCACCUGAGCGCUGUGGGGUAACAAGCCCAUAAACACCCUGAACACAGAAAAGUAAAAUACAGGCAGAGGGCAGACACUCUGCAGAAAAAUACAUGCCACACACUUCUAAUGGUUCACAAGUGAUGAGCGAGAGGGAUUGUUUCUAUACACUGUUUUUCAGAAAAUCCUGCAUAGUGUAUCUUUAAAUAAUUUCAUUACACGUAAUUAUUUUUUCAUCCGGGCUUCAGACGCAGCUGAUGUACAUUUAAAAUAAGGAAUGUGUUCAGAGGUUACAAUGAAGUGGUAAUCAAGACCUAUCCGAGUGGAUUUAAUUCCUGGUUUUACAUUUAUUUAAUUAAACUGUAUCACAGCUAAUAAUCUUGGGUAUUUAAGCAUGCUUUGAUAAUUCAAGUGACUCCUGACAGCUUUUUAAUUUUUUUAUGAAACCAAGCAAUAUACAGGUGUUUUAUUUGUGGACAUGAAGGACAGUAAAGGUAAAAGGGAUUUUUUUUUUUUUUUUUUUUUACUCUGCUCAUGGAAGAUCAAUUACAUUGUGUUAGUCAUACUGUUGGACUGGAUAUAUUUACAGUAUACUUUAAGGAAGGGAAAGAAACCACAGUCAUAACAGGAAUGCUGUCUGUGGCCAUUACGAAACUGGUUAUUUUGUUAAUGUCUUGAAAACAUUGUUGCAAUACAAAUUGUUUUUUUGGUGUUUGUGUUGAAGCAUUUGUGUCAAAUGUUUAUUUUUUUUCUUAUCUUUUUGGUGCUACAGACAAGAGUUAAUGUGGUCAUGAGUGAAUGUCAGGUGCAUUUAUGGUUUCUGUCACUGAUUUACUGUGUUUUCAGGCUGAGGAUGUACAAGGCAUUUGUUAAUCAGAAAUCGUGUGUCCCUGUUGUCUCGUACAGAAAGCUGACUUGCACACAUGAAGUUCAUGGCAAGUUUUAUUGAAAGUAACAGAGCACUCUGUGAUGCUCCAAUAACUUAACUACAAUCAAGGAAUGUGAAUAAAUCUGACAAUCCAUGUGUCACUGGCUGUUUAAAACAUUUAAUAAAGAGACAAACGCAA